AAUACCAUAGAAGAUGUAAAAAUAUUGAAAUAUUUAGUAGAUAAUCUGGAUAAAGAAUUAGAAGUUGUAAAAGAAGACAGAGUAGUUGGUUAUUUAAAUAAAAAUCAAGAUAGAAAAAUAGAAGAAUUUCUAAAAAGUAAUAGUUACAAGUUUGCAGAAAAUUUAACUCAAUUAGACUGA